AUGUAAAAAAAUAAAAAAUUUGCAUAUUUUUUUUUAUAAAAUUCUAAAAAAAAAAAAACAGAUUAUCGUAUUAAAACUAAAAAGUAUAGAAACAAUAUAGUAAAUGUCAACAUACGUUUCAUCUUUAAAAUUAAAUUCGUAAAUAAAAAAAAGGAAUAUAAUUAUUAUAAAAUAAAAAUAAAUAGAAAUACCACUAUAGGAAAAGAAGAAUCUAAAAAGCUUAAUUAAAUGACAAAUUAAUUAUUUUCUAAUAGUGAUUCGUCUGAAUUCAGACAACCAGUUGAUUGGUAAGGAUUAUAACUUAUUGAUUAUCCAACAAUAAUUAAAAAUCCAAUGGAUUUAGGAAAAGUAAGAGAUAAAUUAAAAGAAAAUGAAUAUGUAUAUGUUGAAGAAUGUUUAGAUGACAUAUAAUUAAUAUGGGAUAAUUGCAAAAACUAUAAUGCAUAAGGAUCUUGGAUUUUUAAAUUAGCGGAAAAAUUAGAAAAAUAUUUCAGAAAUAUGAUUAAAAAUUAUCUUCCUUCAAUUUAAUUUUAAGCAUAAAUAAUGAUUAUUAAUUAAUAAAAUGUAUUAUAAGAAUAAAUGACUUAAAUAGAAGAAUCAUAAAUAAUUACAUAAUAAGAAAAGCUUUAAAUUUCUCAAAAAAUAAAAUAAUUACCAAAUUAAUAAUUAGGGAUUAUAGUGAAUAUUAUUUAAAAUAAUUGCAUGUAAGCUUUUAAAGAUUCUGAUAAAGAAUAGUGUUAAAUACAUGUAAAUUUAAUUGAUUAUGAAACUUUUAAAAAAAUUAAUUAGUAAAUAAUAUUUAUCUUAUUAUAUUUUAUUAUAUAUUUAAAAUAUUAAGGUAAAUGGAUUUAUGGAAUAUACCUAACGAAUAAAUUAAAAAGAAAGUAAAAACUUUGUGAAAAAAAAAAAAAAAAAUUAAAAUAAUUUUUGAAAAUAAAGUGUUAUUAUUUUAUAUUUUAUGAAAAAAAAAAAAAAAAAACCAUAAAUUUUGCAUUUUAAUACAAAAAAUAUUAAAUUUACUAUUUUAUUUUAAGUAUACAUUCAAAAAAUUAUUUUUUAAUAAAAAAAAAGUCAAUAUCCAUUUUUUUUUGUAGAUUGAGUUUUAAUAAAUAAGAUUUUUUUUAAAAAAUAUAAUAAUGA